AUGUCUGACUGGGAAGAGGAGUACAACGAGGACGGCACCGCUAUCCAGAACCCUGCCACUAAAUCAGUUCCGGUUGAAUGGAAAUCACCGUGUGAUGACCGUCAACAGGGAAAUAUAUCUUUUGGUGUAAGAAGUGGAGCCAGAUUUGGGGCCUCAGGAGAGGGGAGAGCCGAUCGUAUUGGCCAGUACAAAAGCCGGAGAGGUGGAGGCCAAGGCCGUGCGUUAUCCCCGGGAUCAUGCGGAGGUCCGGGACGACGGCCCUUUCUUGAUGAAAAGUCAGACUCUUCCCAGCCUGUAACUAUCACAGUGGAAAAUGCUUCAGUCGGGAGGGUUAUAGGUCGCGGAGGAGCCAAAAUUCGUGAACUUGAAGAGAGCACAGGUGCGAGAAUCAAGAUAAACAAAGGAGACUAUGAAGGCGAGGUGGUCAUCUUUGGGUCCUCUGCUGCUCAGCAGAAGGCCAAGGAGAUGAUCGAAGACUUGGUGGCAGAUGGCAGCUCUCGAUUUCACAAUGGUACAAAGGCGAGAGAGUAUGGAGGAGUCGGUGAUGGAGGAACGAAUGGCUCUGUCUGGUCUGCUUCAGCAAUACAGGCUGCCAAUGCCGCCCCAGCCCGCAUAUCCAUAGACUGGAACAGCAUCCGGGAGAACAAGGACAAGUAUGAAGAGCUCAAGUGGAAGGACCUCCCACCCUUGAAGAAGAAGUUUUACAUUGAGGCAGAGUGUGUUUCCAUGCUCACAGCAGAGGAAGUCAGUGAAUGGAGGAAGGAGAAUAACAAUAUCUUUGUGGAUGACCUGAAGGAGGGAGGGGAGAAACGGCCCAUCCCCAAUCCCUGUCGCACUUUCCUGGAGGCCUUUGAGCUUUAUCCAGAGAUCAUGGAAAAUAUUGAACGAGUUGGCUUUGUCAAACCAACCCCCAUCCAGUCUCAGGCAUGGCCAGUGUUGCUGAGCGGGGAGGACCUGAUAGCCAUCGCUCAGACGGGAACAGGGAAAACCCUGGCCUACCUGCUGCCAGGGUUCAUCCACAUGGACGGACAGCCUGUACCCAGGGCUAAGCGCAGCGGUCCGGGCAUGUUGGUGCUGACUCCCACCAGAGAGUUGGCCCUGCAGAUUGAAACUGAGUGCAACAAGUACCGUUAUAAGGGCUACAAAAGUGUCUGUAUCUAUGGCGGAGGGGAUAGGAGAGGCCAGAUCAACCUGGUGAAGGGCGGGGUGGACAUAGUGAUCGCCACACCAGGCCGACUUAAUGAUCUACAGAUGAACGAGCUCAUCAGUCUUCGCUCCAUCACCUACUUGGUGCUGGACGAGGCUGAUCGUAUGCUAGAUAUGGGCUUUGAACCUCAGAUUAUGAAGAUUCUUUUGGACAUCCGCCCAGACCGACAGACUGUCAUGACCAGUGCCACCUGGCCCACUGGGGUGAGACGAUUGGCCAAAUCCUACCUAAAGAAUCCCAUGAUGGUUUAUGUCGGCACCCUGGACUUGGCAGCAGUUAACACAGUGCAGCAAACAGUGCUGAUCGUCCAUGAAGAUGAGAAAAAGUCCUACGUGUUUGACUUCAUCAGAAACAUGCUGCCCCAGGAUAAAGUCCUCAUCUUUGUUGGCAAGAAGCUUGUGGCUGAUGACCUGUCCAGUGACAUGUGUCUGCAGGGUCUGGCUGUGCAAAGUCUCCAUGGUGACCGUGAGCAGUGUGACCGUGAGGAAGCCCUCAAGGACUUUAAAGAGAGUCGAGUUCGCAUCCUGGUCGCCACAGACCUGGCAUCUCGAGGGUUGGAUGUCCAUGACAUAACACAUGUCUUUAACUAUGACUUCCCCCGUAACAUAGAGGAGUACGUCCAUCGUGUGGGCCGCACUGGCCGAGCUGGACGUUCAGGUGCAGCUGUUACCCUGGUAACAAGAGAGAACUGGAGGAUGGCCCCUGAACUGAUUCCCAUCUUGGAGCGAGCAGGACAGGAUGUUCCUGAGGAGCUGGUGGUCAUGGCAGAGAGAUAUGAGAAGCACAAGAGGGAGAAGGAUAUGUACAACCCACGGGGAGGACCAGGACAAGGAGGGGGAGGGGGAGGUGGG